UCCCAUUCUUGGACAAAUUUCUACUACAAGAGGCAAAACUCCUGCCACUCGGACUAGAUUCGGGGCUGCUGGAACCACACCUACCGGAAGACCGAAUGCUGCAAAAGGAGGACCUACAAUUACCUCUUAA